AAGUCCAAGGGGUGUAGACAUAACAAGAGUGUGCUUGCGUUGACCAGGCUGGAAAAAUGGUGGGUGUUGUGGUAAAAAUAAAUAUCUAUGGAAUCAUUAAUGUUAUACUAAACAUGUGGAACCAUCUUUGUUAACAUGGUAAUUGUUAACUUUUACAUUGGUUAGAGGUUGAUAUAAAGGACUCCAGCGCUGAGCAUCGUCGCUUCUAAACUAAGCUAGCUAGCUACAUUUUAUUUUAAGUUGACGUUAACUGUAAUAGCUAAGUUAGCAUGUUACUGCUCUUGAUGUGGCUAAACUACCUAGCAUGCUUACGCAGCUUUCUUGCUGAGUAGUUGGCAAAUAGCAUAAAUUAUAGCAACCCAGCAAAAAUUGGAAUUGAGUACAUCCUCGUGGCAUAAAAACACUGUUUGGUGUGUGGUGGCAUCAUUCGUGGGAGAGUCUACGUUUCAUUAUCUGGACAUAAGCAAAGCACCAAGAUGGAUAAGGCAGACUUUUUGAAGGGUCUUCCUGUGUACAACAAAACCAAUUUCAGCCGGUUCCAUGCAGACUCUGUAUGCAAGGCAUCGAAUAGAAGACCAUCGGUCUACCUUCCAACAAGAGAAUACCCUUCAGAACAGAUUAUUGUGACAGAAAAAACGAAUAUCCUCUUGCGCUACCUUCACCAGCAGUGGGAUAAAAAGAAUGCUGCCAAGAAACGGGAGCAGGAGCAGGGGGAGACAGGAAGCCCACCACCGCCCCGGAAAAUCGCUCGGACCGACAGCCAGGAAAUGAAUGAAGAUUCAUAAACGUGACUCGAGAUGGUGACACUAUGUGGUUGGGGACAAGAAAACCGAUGUGGUAGGGGCAGGCACAAAAGAAUGAUUGAGCAUGUUAACAGAAAAAAGGCUUGCACAUCCAGCUCCACUGUCCUGUAUAGGUGCCUGAACUCUGAACUCUGAACUGCUGCACAAUGUAGAAGAGCAGGAUUUUUUUGGAGAUGACAUGACAACAGGAUAUAUAUUUUUUAAGUUGUGUUUUUGUUGUUACUUUUUACAAAGAGCUCCCUGUCAGGCUCAGUGUGUCCUUUCUCAGCUUAACUGCCCAGUCUUGAGCACAUGGUGGCGCUGUAUUAUUAUAUUUUCACUGCCAGUUAUGUAGUAGACCCAUGGAGACACUGUGAACUGCCAAGUAGUAGUUUUUAGGGGAAGUCUGCAGCACAAUGUGUUGACCCUUACCAUGCAUAUUUUUUACUGUGUGUUGGAGUUUUGUUGGUAGUUCUUGCUGCAUUGUACUUUUGGACACCUGUGGAUCCCCUUGUGCGUAGGGUCAUUAGGAGCGGACCCCAUCUCUCAAGCCCAUAAGUGAUUUUGGUGCAUGUCUCUAGAAUGGGAUAGAUGUAUUAUGUUGUUGAAAGUGUUCUUGUUUGUGAUAUUUUUUUUUUUUUAUCUGCACAGUGCACAUACCAGGAUUUACAUUAUGUUUUUCGUAAAGGUAUUAUGUUUCAAUUUCUUUUUAACAAGGGAUUAAAAGGCGUUCAGUUACCCUCCACCUCAUGAGAAUGAUGACAUGUUCAACAGGAAUAGUAAAAUAGUACGAUGUACGAUCUGUCACUGCUCAUUCAUCUAUAAAAGCUAAAGGUGUAUGCACAUUUGGAGCAACGUUGGAGUGGCUAUCAGUGGCCAUUUCAUAGAACUCAUGUCACAAUGAAUUUGGAAUUUCAGGCACAUUAAGGUAUAAGGUCAAAUGAUGUGUGAGGUGCCAUUGAACCACCCGCUGCUAGGUUUUCUCCCCUCACACUUUUUGAACUGUACAAACUUUUUUGUGGUGUAAGAAUGUUAUCCACAGAAAUUGCGGUUCAUAUCUGUUUCAGCCAUGAAUUUGCUCUGACGUUGCAAGGUAAACAUGGAGGCAUGUUUGCCUUCAUAAAGAGGCACAUGUUGGGCAAGAUACUGGCAGUUUUGUUUUCUCCUUUGUACGUCUUAGCAAGCGUGCCUGAGUGAGUUCAAGUAUGAUUAACUGGACUAGUUGCUCUGUGAUCCUUGGGAGUUUUACGCAGAGUAACUGUUGCCUACAUACUAAAAUUGACAAGUGAGGGUGCCCAUCAUUGGAAUAUUGUCAUCAAUUUGGCUGGGUGUAAAACAUAGUGACUCUCCUUUGGUAUCAGGGGAAAGUCUUUCACCCAUUAACAGUAAGCUAUGGACUAUGUACCAGUAUGUGCCAUGGAUUAGACAAAAGAAUGGGAACAACCUUACGGUUUGUGUCAGUAGUACCUACUACACAUAAAUGGCAUCAGUGGAAAUAUUUCACUGCAUAUUUCAUGGUACUCUUGUUUUGAAAGCCAAUUUGGAGUGACUGUCCUCUCAAACGCUUCCAUUGAUUUGCUCUAAGUGGACAAGUUUAUUUGCAAACAGAAAUAAAUGGUGGGAACAACCAUGCCUAA